AUGAUUCUAUGGGCCUGGGAUCCAGUGCAAAAUUUGUAUUGGGCUUAUUUUCAACUCAAGCGUGGCAAUUGCUCCCUGGACCCCAUAUUUUCCAUCUGCACCCGGAAACGCUACUUGAUGAAGCAAAUAAAAGCUAUGGAAACCAACAUCAAAGAAAACUGUGUUGCACCCAAUAAAGUUGAUGCUCUUCGUAGCGGAAGCAAGGGUCCAAACUCUUCAGAACGAGAGAUAUCUAAUUUAACCCGGAAGAGGUGA